AUGGCUGCGGACAGCUCCCUGCUGCAGCUGGAGGAAGUAAUCGAGGAUGAUGCUGCGCCGACCUCUGCUGCAGGAAUUGGCUGCUCCUCUUCAAGCAGCAGCAGCAGCAGCAGCAGCAGCAGUGCCCCGUCAGCUGCGCUGACUGAGGCAGCAUCUCGAUCUGCGGCGAUUGCCGCGGCAGCGCAGGCUGCAGCUCUGUCCGAGCGUUGCCGGUCCCUUCUGCCGUUGCUAAAGGCAGCAGCGGAUGCAGGGGAGACGAAGAGCAGUAGCAGCAGCAAAAGCAACAGCAGCAGCAGCAAGGAGUGCCGCAGCACAGCGGGAGACGGGCAGGGCGCUGCAGUGACUGCUGGGGGGCUGCUAGAGUUUGACUCCGAUGCAGAGGAGGGGCCAGUGGUGGAGUUAGACGUCGGUGUGGGGCUGUUUGACGUGAAGGGACAGCUGCCCAGCGACGCGCGGUUGGCUGAGAUGGGGAUCCAAGUCGUCGAUGUGCCGCAGGAGUCUCCUCUGAAUGAGAUGAAUUCGGCGCAUGCACAGCCCCCCAUGGACGCCUUGCAGCGAGCCCUCGCAGCGCGGCUUCAAUCUAGCAGCAGCAGCAGCAGACCAGUGAUCACCGUGUUGUCCAGUGGCAGCAGCAGCAGCGAUGAAGAGGGAGACAGCGACGAGGACACGAAGGGCUAA